AUGAACCCGAUACCUCCUGUUAUCCAGACAGAUGCUCUAGGGGAGCGAGGGAACAAAGCACUACCAGUUCGCAUCGCUUCGACUCCGCCGCCACCUCGGCAGCCCCCUCGCAGCCUGACGCGGCGCGGGGCCGAGCGUGGGGCCGAGCGUGGGGCCGAGCGUGGGGCCGAGCGUGGGGCCGAGCGUGGGGCCGAGCGUGGGGCUGAGCGUGGGCGCAGAGCGUGGGGCCGAGCGUGGGCGCAGAGCGUGGGCGCAGAGCGUGGGGCAGAGCGAGGAGCUGAGCGUGGGCGCAGAGCGUGGGCGCAGAGCGUGGGGCAAAGCGUGGGCGCAGAGCGUUGGACCGAAAGAAAAUAA